CGAGCACAAUUCAACUUCACGUCUGGAGCCUUGAAGGACUAUAUUGUUAUUGUUGUUGCUAUGCUUGGGAACAGAGGGAGUUCAAGCCCUUCCAAUAAUGCUGAUUUUCCUGCGAACUACUCUCUUCGGUACCAGGCCUACUACUGGGCUGUGAUGCACGGCGCUGGUCCCUUUCACUUCCUCAAACACUCCGUGGUCAUCUGCGGCAGUGCGAAAAACUCCGGCCUCAACCACGCCUUCCUCGAAGGCCCAACCUCUGCCCUGAUCACUAGCCACGACUACGACCUAGGCCGGUACAAAAGUAACUGCGUCAAGCCCGUCGAAGGGCUCAGAGCGUUUGGUAGAGCGUGCGCAGCGUGGGUGCCAAGUGCCGAUGAGUUUAAACAAGAGCUUUGGAGAGAGUCUGGUGCGGAGAGUCUACAUCAGUGGUUGCAUCCGCCGAUGGGGAAGGAUUCGAACGAGGAGUGGGAUCCUGAAGACUUACUGGUAAUGGCAAGGAGGCGCUAA